AUGCCGAAAAUAUUGUCUGAUGACGACAUAAAAAAUGCACUGGACGAGUUAUUUGGCUUACCCGACGACCCCGACAUUUCGGAGGACGAAUACGAACAAGAACCGGAUAAUUUAGAUACGUAUGAAGGUAUGACGCUAUAUGAUAUUCUUAGUGGUGCGAACGAAACCGAUUCUACCCAGGAGAAAAACGACUCUAAUUUAGAAGAAUCAUUUAAUCAGCCGUCAACAUCUGGUCUACAUUUAGACAGCCGCAACAAUGAGUCUACUCAGGUGACACACGACCUUGGACGACGAACGUGA